AUGCCCACCGUCCCGCCCGUCCCCGUCGCUCCCAGCCCGCAGCCCAUUGAGCUCCUCGCGAACGCGACGCCGGAUAUCCUGCCCGACGAUGGCGACGACCGCAACGACCCCACCCCCGACCCGGAGACGGACGACGUUGUGAUGAUGCCUGCGAUAACGGGCGAGUCGACGGCGAUAUCGAUCUCCGGUCGACGCAGAACCGAUUUCGUGGACGCGUCGGACGAGUCCAAGCUCUCUUCGAUAAAAUUCCAUUCGCCCUCCUCCAUCCUGGGCACGCCCUUCGAGUCGGAGUCCCGCUUCGAGUACCCGUUCCCCUCGAGCGACGGCGCCUCGACCUCCUCCGACUCCACCGUCGUCUCCCCCCUCUCGGACCGCAUGGAGUGGGCCACCCCAGCAAGCAGCACCAACCUGCCCUCUCCGCCCAUCACGCUCGGCCUCCCCGCCCUCCCCGCGCUCACGGCUUCGCCCGCGCCGCAUCGCGUUCCCAUGCCGCACCCCCUCGCACUCCACCUGUCCACGCUCUCUCUCCACUCCGGCUCGGGCUCGGGCGCGGGGACAUGGUCCGCGCCCACGACGGUCCGCCCGGGGCCCUCCCGCGCGCUCUCGCCCGCGCACACCAAGCUCGCGAUCGCCGCGCGCGAGCCGCCGAUGCCGCCGAGCCUGCUCAAGAAGCGCAAGCGGCUCAGCGCCGGGCUCGCGCUCCCGCGUCUCAGGGGCUCGACGAUCAGCACCCCGCAGGUGGCCUACGCCGAACAAGAAUCUUCCGACGCACGCGUCUCGGCCGUCACCCUCACGGCGUCCCUGAGCAUCCCCGAGCUGGAUCUGACGAGGAACCCGCUGGUAUUCGCCGGACAUACGCCGUUCGAAGACACGGACGAGCCCUCGUAUCCCUCGCUGGACCCCGGGCUGCCGCAGGCGGACGGCGAGCCUGCGGACCACGACGAUAGAGACGUGGAAGAAAACCCUGGGCUUUCGCGAAGGUGUUUCAGCCUCCCUCCGGAAACGUAA